CCACUUCCGAUAUAAAAUCAGAAAAAUGGUCUGUCAAAUUGGAUGAACUGAAAAUGCGCAAAUUGACAGCUAUUCUGCUGAUAUUUGCUCAUUUGUAUAUUGUUUUCCAAGAAUGUUUCUGUGCUUUAGCACCUCAAAUGAUACUUAGCCCAGACCAUGAUCAAAUUAAUGUCAAGGAAGGUCAAAGUUUAGAGGUUAACUGUAGUGUCAAGGACAGAGACCAUGCAGAAAAAUGGCAGAUACCAUACUGGAAAGCCAGAGGGCAAGUCUAUCGUAGGCAAAACUUGCCUCAGAAUAUCACCAGCUAUCACACAGCAACAUUAUAUUUCCAGAGAAUACAUAAAUCUGAUGCUGGCUUAUAUAAGUGUUUAUAUAAUACAACAUCCUCAGUUAUUACCAAAAGACUGUAUAUAAUGGUCAAAAAUGCUAGAUCAAAUAUUGACCAUAAAUGUGGGAGUAAUCAGUUCAAAUGUGAAGGGAGCAGUCAUUGCAUAGCUUUACAUUACCACUGUAACAACUGGACUGAUUGUGAAGAUGGUUCCGAUGAAAUACAUUGUAUAGGUCUUUGUGAGAAAAAGUUCCAUUGUUUAAAUGGGAAAUGUAUAGACCAAGAAUUAGUAUGUGAUAAAGAGAACAAUUGUGGAGAUGCCUCUGAUGAAUAUUGUCAGCUACAAAACAUUGCUGAACAAAAGAAAGAUACAGCAAAUACAACAAUUAAUGCAACAAAAACACAAGAUGAUCACAUGAGCUGGCUAAAGACGACAUUGUAUGUUGUGAUUGGUUGUACUGUCAGUGUUGUUUUCUUCAUUUCUGUAAUUGUUGUGGCUGUCUUCCGAAUCAGAAUGAAACGGAACACAGUUCGUAGGACAUAUGGUUCUGAAAGGUCAGGGAGAGGUCAAAGAGAUAGUGGUCAUGACCCAGUCAAUUAUCAAGCUGAGGAUCCGUUCUUAAAUAUGGCACCAUCUGCUAACUAUGGCAAUAUUAUUGUUAAUGUGAACAAUGGAAUUCAGUAUGUUCCAGGGGCAGAAUUUGCUGAAUUUACUGCAAUAAUGGAAGCCCCACCAUCUUAUUCAGACGUGGAACAGGAAAUAUUCGAUACUCAGAAUAUUUCACCUCCUGAUUAUAGUACAAUUGAUAGAAAUCCAUUACAAGUCAAUAGCGUGAUAAAUAUUACACCAACUAGAAGUCAACGACCUAGUUCAGGCCAAACUCCUGUAAAUAGGCGAGAUAGGUCUAAUCAGCCUGUUGAUAGCCGGCCUAGAACACAAAAUGCUGCUGUUCAGACAUUAACUCAUCGUUCACAUGGUGGACGUCCUCAGUCAGGUACAGAUAGUCUUCCACGGCAACCAACGAUAAAUGUUCAAGGAGGCCAAAUUCUUUUAACAAAUAUUUCAGAUAAUUUGCAACCUACACAAACAUCAGACAAUGAACAAGUAAGUUCAGAGAGACCUUCAUCUGCUUUGCUUCAAGUUCAAAAUGGUCAAAUUAUGUUGUCCAAUCCAAACUUGAACACUGCUGACCAAUCAGCAAGUAGCAACAUUCAGAGUAGUAUUCCUGUUGAUGAAAGUCAGGAAAAUAAUCCUAGAACAAAUAUACAGGUGUGUGAAGGACAGAUUGUAUUGGCCAGUGAAAAUACCCCUGCUGUCAUUACAGCAAACCCAACAGUGAAUGAAAGUCCUAGCAGACGACAGUUAGAUGUCUGUGAAGGACAAAUAGUAUUAAAAUGAUGUAUCUUGCCAAUGUAAUAGUUACCUUUUGUUCUGUAUAAUUUAAUCCAUAUUAUAUGUGCAAUUCAGUUCAUUCAUUUUGUAAUUGUUUGUUGAAAUACAUGGAAAGUUGUCAUUUGUAGCACUAUGUGAGAAUUUCUGUAAAUAUCCAAAUAAAUCCAGUCAAAAUCUGUUUUUUUAUUCCACACAGAAGAGCAAUUAUAUUUAAAAUAUUGGAAAUCCUGAACCUAAGGUUAAUAUUUUCAUAAAGUCCAUGUCUACAUGGUCUACAAAGACAAUAAAAUUGUUAUUUUCUUAAAAUAAUUCAUUCCAUAAACUUUGGUUAGUUUAUUUUUAUUCAGGGUAGCAUUAGUGAAACGUGUAUUUAGUUAUUUUUAAACUACGUUUGUGUUCUAGAUUAGUUAUUAUACAUACUUGUAUUAUAAUUUGUUUAUAUAUAUCAUUUAGUAAAUUACUGAUAUUUAUAGAUUAUCGAUGGUUUUUUAAAUGAGAGGGUGUUUCUCAGCUACAAUCUCAUCGAAGGGCAAGAAACAUCCUCUAGUUUGAAAGACCAUUGUUAAUCUGUUUAUGACUAUUUUGUCUAUGACGUCGUUGAUGUUUACAUUGACAACGGCACGAGUGGCCUUAGUUUCUAGCAAUAAUUUUCUCUCUCGAGCAAAUAUAAUAUGAAAAAAUAUCACAAAAAAAGAUCAAACUAGCAAUAAAUCAGUCGUAUCAACAUUAAUUAUAACAGUAAAUAGUUUUUGAUUUCAAUGCUUUUUCCUGGUUACAAGGAGAGAUAUUGAAUAUUUGCAAAAGUAGUUAAUGAAUUUAACAGAGACGAUAAUAAAUCUGCUCUAAACACCAAAUUCCCUAAAGGAAUUAUUAAAUACUGUACUGAUGUUCAGAAAUGUAAAAUGCCAUAGGUUUUUAAGGUAAUAUUGUGUAUACACAAUGGUAUAUAUAUGUUAUUUUUGGCUGUUUUACAAUUUUUCAAGUGCCAAACAUUCUUCAGAUUACUUAAAUAUAUCAGAUUUAAAAGUAUGUUAUUUUUUUGUGAUAGACCAAUUUCUUCUUUAUCAAUAUAUUCUUUCACUAAGUCUUCUUCUAAAAUGAACUUUUAUUAAAUUUAAUUUUGAGAAUUUUUUUUUGGGGGGAGAGGGGCAUUGCUCGUUGUGAUAUGAAUUAUCAUGUUUGUUUAAAUAUCUGUACACAAAAAUUAUCAAAAAUAUUUUUAAAUAUUCAGGGUGUAGUUAAUUUUGAUUUUUUGUUUGUUUCUAUUUUUGUCAGUUUGGGUUACACAUGUAGUGUUUAACUGACAUUGAUUACACAUUGGAAACUGAUCCUUUGGUUUUCAUUGGUUGCUUGCUGUCAUAAUUGUUAUUUCAGUGGUUUUCAUUGGUUGUAGCCUGUCAUAAUUGUUAUUUCGUUUAUUGUUUUAGUAUAAAUCAGGUAUUCUCUUUUGAAUUGGUUCACAUUUUGCCUUCCCAAGGCUCUUUAUAACUUCCUAUAUAGUAUAAGUUUUGCUCAUUGUUGAAGGAUGUACAGUGAUGUAUAGUUGUUCAUAUAUCCUUGUCGUUUGGUCUUUUGUUGGUCAUCAUACUACAAUUUCUUAUUUGAGGGUAAAACAACAAUAAAAUUGUAUUGAAUCAACAAAACAUUUCAUGUUGUAGUAAAACAAUUAUAGUAAGAUUAAAGUUAGAUCAGAAAGCUGUAACAAAUUUUUAUCUUUAACAAGAAAUUGAUUAAAAGUUAAAAAAAAUCACAUGCUACUUUAUUCUUCAUUAUCUCAGAAAAUGUGAUUCUGAUUAUCCUAGUACAGUAAUGAUAGUUGUCAUUAUAAGUUGAUACCAAUUCUAGAAUACCUGAGUUAAUCUCCAGUUUUAUAGUGGGGUUAACAUUGCUCAAUCUUCAUUUUCUGUGUCCAGUAUAUCGACUACUGUUUAUCUGUCCUUUUAAUUGCCUCCUUAUAAAAAUGUUAUUUAGUCUGAAUUAGAAUAAAAAAUCCUGUACACAGAAAUCUUAUAUUAAACUUUCUUUACCUGCUCAGCGCAGUAAUUUAGACGACAUUUAGUUUAUAUGUGUACAUUGUAUAUUGCAGAUGUUAUGAAGAAAAAAUCAUGUCUUUUGAAGAAGGGCAUUUUACAUAUUUAUACACAUUUAUAUAUUUAAUAUUUUUUUACUUUAUCAAAUAUGUUUUUGUUUAAAUGCAUUCUAUAGAUUUAUCACACUGUACAAUUGACCCAUAUUCAGUUUUUUUAACCCAAAGGAUAUGAUAAUGCACACCCAUUUUCAUAUAGCACAUGCAAGGUAUGAUGCAAUUCUCUUUUUUUUUCAUAACUAAUAAUGAAAUACUUUUUAUCAAGCUCAAUACUGUGUAUUUCCUGUUUUUGAAAGUCAUCUUUUUAUCGUAAAAGGUCAAAACAUUUUGGACCAUAUAAACAAAAAAAGAUUUAAAUGCUGAACUGCUACACUUAAGUUUAAAAAAAUGUGAAACAGAACAAGUCUACUCAAGAACUUUCAAUAUAUUGAAAUCAAACUAAAAAAAAAUUGAUUUAUUGGCACAUGCUGCAAAUAUAAAAAAAAAAACUAAGAUAACAAAAAUACUGAACUCCAAGGAAAAUUCAAAAUGGAAAGUCCUUUAUCAAAUGGCAAAAUCAAAAGCUCAAACACAUCAAGUGAAUGGAAAACAACGGUCAUAUUCCUGACUUGGUACUUGUAGAAAAUGGUGGAUUAAACCUGGUUUUAUAGCUAGCUAAACAGUACAUGAUUAUAUCUGUUGGCUUUCAGAGAAAAUGAUGUGGGUCGAUUGUGUGUUUCUUAAAACUAAUUGUGUAUUAGAUGUAUGGAUAACAAAAUCCAAUGAUAUUUAAAAGCUCUAGAUAACAGCAUAUGAUAUUUUAAUGGUUUAGACGCAACAUCAUUAUAGUUCCUGCUUUUUUUCACAGCCGAUUAAGGUUAAGGCCAUUUUUUUCCAGUACUAAUUUUGAAUCUCAGUUACUCUUCACCCAGCUUUUGCCAAUUACUGCUGACAAAAAAAAUUUCAUAGAUAUCAUUAAGGGGAGUUAAUCCAGUUUUACAUUAUGAUUUUUUUUUUUAUUAUUGUAGAGGGAAAUGUUAUCUUUGAAUAAAAACAACAUAGCAAUGAAACAGUCAAACAUAUAUUAUGUUUAAGCUCUGAUGAAUAUACAAGAAAAUAUUUCAUUACGUGUCACUAGUCCUAUCACAUUUCAAAAUGUUCUUUUUUCAUCAAAUUCAUGACCAAAGUGGUAAAUUUUCCAAUUUUAUUUUUUUGUACUUUACAAUGUCUUCUGUUUCAUAAACAGUAAUUUAUUCAAAUCAUGUCAAGAGUCACUUCAAAUUUUAUUGUAGAGGUUCACUAUAACUGUAGGCAAGCACUAAUCUAUCACAGAAUCCUGAUUAAAGCUAUACAGUUAAUCCUUAAUGAUUAUACAAAAUUUAUAAAACAAAGUGAAAACUUUAAAAAUUUAUUUUAUUUUAUGUUAUUUUUUUAUUUUGAAUAUACUCAGUUUUAUUGAAACAAUUUGAUAAAUAUGACUUUAUUAAUCAGACUUGUUAAUUUCAAACUUAUAUAUGAUAUCGCAGUGACAUUUACUCUAAAUUACCAGAUAAUAUUAUAGUAUUUGGUAUAGACAAUAAUUAUACAUAUGAUUCCUACACAUAAUUGGGAAAAUACUUUCAUUAUUCAUUGGUAAGUGUUUAUUUUUGUUCAUAGGACAAUUGAUUCACAAAACAUUUAAACAGCAAUAAUCAAACAUUGCAGAUCAUUGCCUAGUUUAUACUAAAUUUGGGUUUGAACUGGUCACAAAAUCUAUGAAAAUAAUUAUCCCACACUUUAAAGUAGUUUUACAGAUAAGUGAUCUUGAUCAAAUUACUACUGUGACAUUUAAACAUAACAAUGUGAUAUUGGUAUAUUUUACAAGAACAUAGAUAUAUAUAUUAUUUAGUUCAGUUUAGAGAAUUCACUUAAUCAUGUUGCAAUGUAAUAGAAUCUGGUUGUAAAAUAUUUGUUAUUAUACAUAAUGAAUAAAAUUGUUGUAGAAUGGUUGUUAUGAUAAUUUGUACAUAUUUAUGCAUUUGAAUCCAUAUUGUGAAUGAUUAUUGAAACUUUGAGCCAGUGAACAUUUUGUUGGAGCAAUUUUUAUUGUAUUUCUUAGUUUAUAAUAUUAUUAUUUUUGAGUUUAUAUGAAAUAAAGUAUAAAAUACCUUU